AAAAAUUCCAUUCUCUACGGAGUAUUUGUUUAAAUUUGAAAAUUUUCACAUGAACACUAUAAAUCAAAUUAUCCCGAGCUACAUAGUUGAGAGUAUCUGAUAGGCUCAUCAUACUUGAUAUAUGAAGAUAAGUGCAAAUAAGGAUUGGAAAAUUCUGCAGGUUAAUGGACACUGCUGCUUGAAUGCUUUCCUGCAAAGGAAGCAUCAAUACUUGCAGAAUCUGCACUCUAAUAAACAGAAGAAUAUAGCCACAAACCUCCAUUAAAAAACUGAAAACUACAGGUCUAUCCCACUGAAAAAAGUUGGGAAUUUUUAAAUAUAGCAACAGCCAUGUUACUCCAUGUUAGAUCUCACUUGAGCUAUAGAAGAAGCAGAUUCCAAUACAGGAAGCUUUUCUUUGAAGUUCUUUAAACCUUGACUUUGCUUGGAUUAGAAUAGAAGUAAUCUAUCUGGUAAAAAUCCAGCUUUCUUAUUCUAUUCAUUCUUUCCAAAACAAAAUCAUCUUACCAAACACUGAAUAAGGCUUCCCACCUAAGUGACAGACAUUCCACUCCUCCUGCAACCAACACAUUAUCCAAAAACAUCCCUGUUUCUCAUACAUCCCUAAGUGAAAAAACAUAACAGAAGUGAAAUUCUCAUGUGGGAAACCAUGGGAGCGAAAUCGGAUUUAGCACAAAAGCUAUUGCAAGACCUGCGGCUAAGGAAGGAGAGACUGUCAUCUUCUCAGAAUUCAUCACAAUCACAAUCAAGAGGGAAAUAUGCAAAUGCUGGACAAUCCCACAGAGGUUCUCAGACAUCUUCGGCACAGAUUGUUCCUUAUUCUGGAGCUCAAAGGGUUCAAAGUUCAGGAAAGAAAGAUCUUUCCAUGGGAAUCACAGUUUCCAUUGAAAAGCGAGACAGUUUUGCCAAACUGAACUCUUCAUGCAAUAAUAAUGCAGUGUAUGGAGUUGUCCAUCAAUUUGGGCAGAGAUCAUUUGACUUUAUGGGGAAAAUGGAAAGUAGCCAGUAUGUAACCCUCUCAAAUGUUCAAGUUAGUGAAAUAUCAAAAGGGAUACAAAAGAUAAACAAGAUCCUCAAAACCAGCUAUUCAAAUGGUGGCCAUGUAAACUUUGACACAUACUCUUUUGAAGUAGUAGGGAAGGAACUCUUAAAAGGAGCCAUGGAUUUGGAGUCAUCCCUGAGAAUGCUUGUUGACCUGCAGGAAGCAUCCUCCAAACACAUAAUCACCUCUCAAAGGAAAAACCGGCAGAUAACAUUACUUGAUGAAGAAGACGAAACUAAUAAUGUGAAAACAGCUGUUCAGAAGCAUCAAGACCUUCCGAAGUUUUCAUUCGAUAAUAAGCCAUCCAGAAAAUCAUAUACCAAGAAAGAGACCACAGGUAGUGCACAGAAACUGCUGGCCUUAACAUAUUUUAAGGAUGCUUCUGCAAAUCUGGAGCGCGAAACUUUAUCAACACAUGGAACAGAAAAGGGGAGAAUAUCAAAUGUCAUUGCGAAACUCAUGGGACUGGAUGAGUUUCCCCGAAAUAAAGUUCUGAAGGCCUCAAGACAUUCAGCCCCCAAGAAGAAUGAUAAGCCACCUCAUCAUAACAGUGAUCAGAAAGCUGCUGUCAACUCGUCACCAGAAUUGACCAAGCACAGGAGGAAUAAUAAUAUACAUCACAGAGAUAACAAAAUAGCAGAAAAUGAGGCUAUCACAGUGAAGCGAAAACUGGAGAUUCACAAGCCAACGCCAAGUCAUAUGGAGGGCAGACUUCCCCAAACUGUAAGGAAUAAUAAUAGUACUAAUUUAAAAAGUGUUCCAAAGAGGGAGGGGCCUUUACUGAACCGGGCCAAACAUGCUAAACAUAGAGCAGAAGAGAAGCCUAUCAAGGAGAUAACCAUUAAGAAGAAAGAAAGUCGGAUUCAAACCCACAUCAAAGACACACUCAAAAACACAUUGAAACAACAAUCACCAAUACUGAAGGUGAAGAAACAGGUGAAAUGCCAUGUGGAUAGCACCUCUGGUGUAAAAGGCAAAUUGAGUGAAGAACAUCCAAUUGAAUUGAAAGAAGAAAACACCUCUGAGUUUGACAAAGAAGAAGCUGUACAAGAAAUAGUGCAUUGUGAAUCAAAAGUUUUGGCAUUACAUGUUCAUACUGAAGAUAAAGAUGCAAUGGAAUUACACAGGAGUAGUCACCAGGAUGCAGGGCAAAAUCCAGACAUCAGUUAUCAAAAAAAUUUGCAAAAUCACCAAGAAGGAGAUCAAGAACUUUUCCAAGAUCAAGUUACUAAAACUGUGCCUAUCAUAAUUUCAGAAAACCCACCAGCUAAAUCAGAAACCUGCAGUUCAAAUCCCAAACAACAGAAAGAGCCAUUGACUGAGCCAGAAAAGAAUCUCAAGGAAUCACUUAUCAAAAGCCACUUAUUCCUUAGCACAGCAGAAGCCCUCCUCAAUCUGAACUUACCAGUCAGUGUGUUUUAUGCAAAUGACCAUAUCAAUGAAGGGGCAGAGCGUUUGCUUACAGUAGACUGUGCCUAUGAGGUAAUGAAAAGAAAAGCAAGGAGGCAAGAACUCUCUGCCUAUCCCCACGCCAGAAAACCCAUCACCGGUUUCAUAAAGAUUAGAUCUUUAGAUGAUCUGAUCAAGCAACUGUGCAAGGACUUUGAGAAGUUGACCAGCUUUGACCGGAGUGGCAGUGAAGAAGAUUGUGAGUCAACGCAGUACUUUGAUCCUAUGCUUGCGAAAGACAUGGAAAACACAGAGCCUGACAUAAAUUGUAUGUGGGACCUUGGAUGGGACGGUGGGGCCAUGUUUGCCUUCCUAGAAAAGGGUGAGGUGGCAAAGGAUGUUGAGAAGCAUUUGAUGAAGGGACUCAUUGAAGAGGUCACUGCAGAUUUAUUUUAACACAGUGACGCGGGAAGAAAUGGCCCCCGGGUUCAACAUUUUUGUAACCUAACAGCUCUACAAUGAGCAAAUACCUAUGUUAAGGAUGAAUUAGUCCGACUGGGAUGUUGUGAAUGCGUCAAUUGUUUUAAUUUGCUUGAUUUAUUCAAUUCCAUUCCAUUGAUAUAAUAUUUGAUUUGCAUUUACUUGUGCGCAAAAGCAGUGUGACUCUUUUUGUCUUCUAAAAUUUAUGGAAUUUACAAAAUCGAGAUCACACAAAAAUGUUUGGGACCCUUCUAUUGGACUAGUUUUAACGCGCCAUGCGCGUUUGCUAAAAUGCCCAAGCAUACAUUUGAUUCAU